UUCGGCGGUGGCGGCGGCGACUGCGGCAGAGGCGGUGGUUGGUGUUGCGAUAGUGGUCUCGGAGGCGGCUCGAGAGGGGGGAGCAGGUGCGGCGCGCGCGGCCGAGUGGAGGCAGAGUCGGCGCCGCGUCCGAGCGGACCGGGUGGAAGCAGCGCAGCGCGUCCAGGAGCAGCGCCGAGACCAUGGCUGGAGGCAAAGCUGGAAAAGACAGUGGAAAGGCCAAGGCUAAAGCAGUAUCUCGUUCACAAAGAGCUGGACUACAGUUUCCAGUGGGCCGUAUCCACAGACACUUGAAGACUCGUACCACAAGCCAUGGAAGGGUUGGUGCCACUGCUGCAGUGUAUAGUGCUGCGAUUCUAGAGUAUCUCACUGCUGAGGUACUGGAGCUGGCAGGUAAUGCUUCUAAGGAUCUCAAAGUAAAGCGUAUCACUCCACGUCACUUGCAGCUCGCAAUCCGUGGUGAUGAAGAGUUGGAUUCUCUUAUCAAGGCUACCAUAGCUGGGGGUGGUGUGAUCCCUCACAUCCACAAAUCUCUGAUUGGAAAGAAGGGACAGCAAAAAACUGCUUAGAGAGUUGUUUUAACCAGCCCUAUUCCUCCCUGUCAUUGUACUGUAACUGGGACAGAAAAAAUAAUGGGGAUAUGUGGAAUUUUUAAAACAGUUAAAUGGAAAAGCAUAGACAAUUACUGUAGACAUCAUACAAGAAGCAUUUGUAUGUUCUUAGAUUCAAAGUUUGAUAAAAGUAUCUUUUCAUGUGGUAACAAUUGUGUGUUGAUUGGCUAGGUUUCUCCCAUGUGUUUUAUACAGAAAUAGAAUUGAUAAACCAUUUUUUACAAAAUUAA